AUGACUAAACGAGGCGUCCCAGGUUGCCCACGCUAUUGUAACAACUGCAAACUAGACUGUACCUGUGAGCAAUGUAACUACUGCCACAGCUGUCAGACGAGUGCAGCAUACACCACUGGAGGAACGAAUCAUCCGUGGCGCCAUAAUUGCACUGGGCCUGAUGGUCGUUCAGUGGGAAAGUUUCUGAGGGAAACCUCAGAUAGAUUUGCACAAUACUGUGUAUCAGAAGUCUACACUAUCAAAAUCGGCGAGGAUAAAAAGUAUUUUAUACACUCAGAAGCCCUUCGCCAGACCUCCCCCGUCAUGAAAAAACACAUUGAGCUCGAGAUGAAAGAAAAGACAAGUAAGACGAUAGAAUUCAAAGACAUAGUCGACAACGAUGUCGCCUUCAUCUUGUUCAUCCAGUUCAGUUAUUUUGGUACAUACGGUUACGACGAUAGUGAGAAAGAAGACGCUCUUCAAGUACACGCUAUGGUCUAUGUCUUCGCAGAAAAGUUCGAAGUUCUAGAACUAAAAUCCCUUGCCCUGAAGAAGGCAACCUCGCUAUGUUCCAAAGCAAUCACAGACACUUCCGCUACUAGCCUUAUAAAGGUCCUGCAAUUCAUCCUCCCAGAAACUAUUCCAAUCAUUUACAAUUCAACAUAUGACUCAAAUACCGGGAAGUAUCCAUCUACCGUAACGGAAUCAGCGGAUAAGGAUGCAAUUUCCAUCACGACAACCAGCAGAGACGGGUUUCGGAUGCUCCUUGCUAAAUUCGCUGCUCAUAAUAUUGACAGUUUGCGCCGAAACGAGUCCUUCAUGAGUGUUUUACAGGAUCAGCCUGCGUUCAGCGCUGAUGUUCUUCUGUUCACUGGGGCUUCUGCUGGAUUCAAAACGGAUGGCAAGGGUUGCUUGGAGUUCUAA